AUGUGCUUAGCGGUUGCCUCUUCCUGCUAUCGUCUUCCGGCGAAGAAGAAUCUCUCAACCACAGCUCGAACUUCAUCACAGAAUCUUGAUCUCUUCUCUCUUCUACACCAAUCCCCAAAUAUUAACCAUCUUCGCCAUCUCCACGCUCAUCUUCUCCGCACCUCCAAUUACUCCAACGUAGUACUCAGGUCCAAGCUCGUUCUCGCUUACUCCAAUCUCAACCAUCUCUUCCCUACUUCCCUUUCCGUCUUCUGGUACAUGCCACAUCGCAACAUCUUCUCAUGGAACAUAAACAUAAUCAUCGGCGAGUUCUCCAGAUCAGGCUUUGCCUCCAUCUCAAUCGAUGACUUCACGCUUCCUCUUGUCCUACGAGCUUGCUCUGCCUCUCGAGAGGCGAGGCUCGGGGGUUUGGUUCAUGUGUUGAGCUUCAAAUUAGGAUUCGGAGUGAGUUUGUUUGUUAGUUCGGCUUUAGUGAUUAUGUAUGUUGAAACGGGCGAAAUCUCAUAUGCACGUAAGUUGUUCGAUGAAAUGCCCGUUAGAGACUCUGUUCUUUACACGGGUAUGUUUGGCGGGUAUGUUCAGCAAGGAGAAGCUGUGUUGGGUUUGCCUCUGUUUAGAGAAAUGAUGUGUUAUGGCUUUCCGCUUGACUCGGUGGUGAUGGUGAGUUUAGUUAUGGCUUGUGGACAAUUUGGGAUGUUGAAGCAUGGGAAGAGUGUACAUGGGUGGUGUAUCCGGAGAUGCUCCUGCUUGGGUUUGAAUCUCGGCAAUGCUGUAGUCGAUAUGUAUGUAAAGUGUUCAAAGCUAGCCUAUGCGCAGCGAGUGUUUGAUAAGAUGCCACGCCGAGAUGUGAUCUCUUGGAGCUCUCUUGUUUUGGGUUAUAAAUUGGACGGGGACGUUGUGGUGUCACUAAAGCUGUUUGAGGAGAUGCUCCAAGAAGGAGUCAAGCCCAAUGCUGUCACUUUUCUUGGUGUCUUGUCAGCAUGUGCACACGGCGGUCUUGUGGACAAGUCUUGGCUGUAUUUCAGACAUAUGCAUGAGUAUAAGAUAGUUCCUGAGUUGAAACACUAUGCUAGCAUGGCAGAUUGUAUGGCUAGAGCAGGUCUUUUGGAGGAAGCAGAGAAGUUUAUGGAAGAAAUGCUCGUAAAAGCCGAUGAGGCUGUUAUGGGUGCGGUGUUGAGUGGGUGUAAGGUGUAUGGGAAUGUACAAGUAGGGGAAAGAGUGGCGAGGAAGCUGAUUCAACUUAAGCCGGGAAAAGCUGGCUACUAUGUGACGUUGGCUGGUCUAUAUACAGCUGCAGGUCGGUUUGAUGAAGCUGAGAGUUUGAGACAGUGGAUGAAGGAGAAACAGAUUUCUAAGGUUCCUGGAUGUAGCUCAAUAUAAACAUGGAUACAGGUUCUUAUGUGAAGAUCACCAGAAGAGGCGUUAUGCAUACAGCAAAAGUGCAUUUGUGUUUAUGCAGAUUGGUAUGAUCCAACGGUCAAGUUCAUGAAACUAUAGGUAGACCUUUUUUAAGGAGGCUCAGAUAAAAAAGUAUAGACAAGCUCAUGAAAAACUCUACAUCCUCACAUAUAUAAAGCAAUGUAAACAGUUGCAGAGCUAGGAUAAGUUCUUAA